GGCACACCAACUCCCUCAUUUGCUCCUCCUCCUUUCACUUCUGCUGUCCUCUUUUUUGUUUGUUUCCCCUCUUCAGUUGUAUGUUCUUGUUAUCUUUUUCUUUUCUUCCUUAGUCGUGUGAAUUUCUUGAGUUACUUUUGAUUCCCCAACUUCUCUAUCAGAGGGAUGCGCGCUCUCUUUAUUCUCUCUCUGCAUAAGUGAUCGACCGCCCACUUGGUGUAACCUCCACACUGCGCGCCGUCUCCUCCGCACUUCCUCAACUCUCUCCGGAGGACCUCACGCUACAUGGCCCGGAAACUAAGUCACCAGAGGAUCACUUAUGUGCUCCCUCUGCCCGAUGUCCCCGGCGGUCAUCGCUUAGGGGUAAACGGCCUGGAAAUCGACCCAGACAACUCCAUCCUGUAUUCCGCUGGUCGCGAUGGUGUCAUCUGCUCAUGGGAUCUAAAUUUAUCGCUCAAUUCAUCAGCAUCUCCGACCUUAGGCGCUUCGAAACCGGCACCCACGACGUUCCGAAGUCAAGUCCAGGCGCACAGCCACUGGAUCAACGACAUUGUUUUAACCAAGAAUUACUCCGCCUUAGUCUCUGCAUCCUCCGAUACUACUGUGCGACUGUGGCGACCGCACUCCGAAUGUACGGAAGUCCCGGACCCGAUCGGAAAACAUACGGAUUAUGUGAAAGCUUUGGCUACACCGGGGAGUCAUUCUCCUUGGGUUGCGUCUGGAGGUCUGGAUCAUAAGGUCUCCCUAUGGGAUUUGAAUGGCGGUGGUGAGAUAUUAAACAUUGAUGCCUGCGGGGGAGAUAGCUCUGCCAAAGGUUCUGUGUAUGCUUUAGGGGCCGUGUCUUCCGUCAUCGCCAGCGGUGGCCCAGAAAGUGUAGUCAGAUUGUGGGAUCCAAAAUCCGGGAAGUUGAUCACCAAAUUUGUUGGACAUACAGAUAAUAUCCGGGACAUCCUGGUGAAUCGUGAUGGGGACACAAUCAUGACAGCAUCGUCUGACCAAACAGUCAAGAUCUGGUCGCUUACCGCAGGAAGAUGUAUGCACACAUUAACCAUGCACAAUGACAGUGUCUGGUCGCUUUAUUCGAAUCAUCCCCAGCUAUCUGUGUUUUAUUCUAGCGACCGGUCUGGCUUAGUGGCCAAGACUGACACACGAUAUUCACCAGAUAUUGAGCAGGGACUCUGCGUCGCAACAUUACAAGAACACGACGGAGUGGUCAAUGUCGUAGCAGCGGGAGACUACAUAUGGACUGCGACUCCAAAAUCGAGUAUUAACCGUUGGAAUGACGUCGACACCACUGCGGAUAUCGAGUCUCCAUCAUCGAGGGAGCGAGAAGGCACUUCAGGUGCUGAGACUCCUGCCCUGGAGAAAGCAUCGGCGGCAAAUAAACAACCAAAGAAAAUCCCGUAUGAGUCGGUUCUCCUGCUCUCGAGCACCUCGACUUUUCCCAAAACAAGGGUCCCAGAAAGCGCCCGGCCACACUCCACUGCAAAUCCACAGUCACCGUCAGCCGAGAUCGAGGACGAAUUGGGGCUUACGCUUCCCGUCCAUACGCUUCCAGAUGAGACAAUUGAGGGUCAACAUGGCUUAAUCAAAUAUUUCUUUUUGAAUGACAGAAAGCGUACAUUAACGCAAGAUUCUGCUGGUGAAGUGGUUCUCUGGGACCUCUUAAAGUGUAUACCGCUUCAGUCAUACGGCAAGCGUCAUAUAGAUGAUGUUGCGUCCGAGGUCAACACGACUGAGAGUAUUGCGAAUUGGUGCACAAUUGAUAUCCGAACUGGAAGACUAUCCGUGAUACUAGAACCAGGUCGCUGCUUCGAUGCCGAGGUCUACGCCGAUGAGCUGGACUUGCCAGAUUAUUCACAAAUUCGCGAUGACCAAAGGAUCAAUCUGGGCAAAUGGAUCUUGCGCUGGCUCUUUGCUCCUUUAAUAGAGGAAGAAUUGAAACGCGACUCUGAAUAUCGCACCGCUGCCAUAGCAAAGGCUGAGGAGCUCGCAAAGCUGAGCAUGUCAAAUACCUCCGCACCCAUGGAUAUACCGUUGGUAGAUGGUUCGAGAAAUUUUGCUACGUCUUUCGACCCAUCUAUAUCAUCUUUGCGUCUCGGGUAUGAAUCUAUGGGUAGCUCCUCGACCCCAGGGUUUGGGAUAGGGCUCGCCAACAGCCCCGGAUCUCUAGCGACACCAUUGCUUAACCCGAAUGUCGGUAAUAAUAGCCACCUUGGCACAUCACCCGGAGAAUUCACUGACUAUCUCACGUCUCAACCAACCCAUGAUAUGACUAGGAGCUCGCUGUCGGACAGGUCGAGUGACUAUCUCUCAUCACCUAGAAACCAUGGCCUACCUCCGUUAGAUACCGAUAAAGCAUUGCCUACACCGGGGGAGUCAACACCAACAGCUCUUCCACUAUCCCCGAUGGAGCCCGAUAAAGAGGAGCGGAAGAAAGGCAGUUCCUUGUUUGGGAAGAAGUUUCGGAUGGACUUCCCGAAGAAACUCGGGCGGACUUCAACAGAAGUCAAGCCUCAGAUUCAAGAGGAGAAAGUGGAGGAGUCCGACAAAUCUUCCACGAAGGAAGAGAAGGUGUUUGAAAACAACAUGAGUGGUUUCAUCGAACGCGUCCGCCAUGAAUACGAUGAAAAUCUCUCUGCACACCCAGAGCAAGAGCUGACGCCAGCCUUUGCCCCGAGCCCGGAGAGCGAAACCCCGGUAUUAGAUAUACCGGACCGUGUUUCAGUGCUGAUUCAGGAGGAAACCGGAGAAACGGCUGUAGCCUCGGACCUCUACAGAGGCAGUAUCGACAGUAUCAGAGACGAGGUUGAUAAGCUAGAGAAAUCAAUUCCUCUGUGGCUUGCUGAUCUGCUACUUAAGAACCAAGUACCUUUGAAAGAACCUGUCAAGAUUGCUUUCACGUUGAAACCGUAUGAUGAUCUUCUGCCACCUGUCGUCAAACCAGAGGUGAAUGCUACAAACGGCAACGCAACCAAUAAUCGCCUGAAUGCAAACCGCAUGCUGCGAGCAAAGAAAAUCCUUGCGUACGUGGCGGAGCGAAUCGAUCCGCCACACCCCGACGAGCCCGAAGAAGACGCUCUGAAGCCGGAAGAGUACUUGGAAUUGUACUGUCACAACAUGCUGAUACCCCCCAAUAUGACUCUGGCGACAAUUAGGACUCAUAUUUGGCGCUCAUCUGGUGAUAUGCUUCUCUGUUAUAAAGCUAACGGGAAGAAGGAGAUCCGAAUGCCUGGCUCUAACCUAGAGGAUGAUAAAGGCAACCAGAAUACACUUCCACCUGCCGAAGGAGAAGGGGGGAGUGCACCGCCAGCGAGUAUCCAUUCACAGACCCCGUCUGGGUCUGCCUCUGUGUCUAUUCAUAAUCCUUGAUUUGAGUGGAGCACUCUAUAUCUUAAUUCUGUGUGAUAUUAUUUCUAUGUACAGUGUUGGACAUAGCGCAGAUCCGAACAUGACCAUAAAGGCUUGUACUGUACGUAUAUACAUAGCGAACCCGGCACGAGAGCAGCGUAUGCGAAAGUAGAUCCUCGUUAUCGUAGUUAGGGUGUAUAAAUAUAAAUAUUGAAUCUCGGGAGCGAAGCG